GGCAGGCUCGCCUCCGAGGGAGUUGGCGAAGAACCGAAAGUGAAAGUCCGAGCCUCGCCCCCUUGCUUUGGUCCGCCAUGGCCGGCGCUCCUGCUCCGCUCUUCGUGCAGCUCUCUCUCCUUCCUGAAGAGAGGGGCUUGGGGAGGCUCGAGUUCAAGCUGCAAAGCCACUUCCAAUCCCGGAAUCGCUCCGGGGGCGGCGAAUGUAAAGUGCGAGUUCUGGAUCGUGAGCGGGACCUCUAUGCGGUGCAGUUCCUGUCGGAGGAAGGUAACUGGAGGCUUCGGAGGCCCCGACGGGGCGGUGUACAGUUGCUUGGCUCCAAGCAUGUGGGCAUGGCCUUUCUCUGUAGCAAAGUUGGGAGAAAUGUCUCGAGGGAAGGAGUUUCCACUUUCGCCUAGCUCCCUUGAGUUUCCAGCUUUCUCUUCCUUUUUGCCCUUAGUAUGAAUUCCCCUUUUCGCCAUGUUUCGUCUGCUAUUGCCUUCCACGCCCCGAUCCACCCCCCCGCCCAAUUCAUCCUGAUCCACCCAACAGCUGCACGACAGGCAGAAAUUUUGUGGUUAUAGCUUUCCCUAUCUCUUGAGUUUCUAUCAUAGCUGUCAACUUACAGAUUUGAAAAUAAGGGGCCAGCAGCCUCGAAAAUAAGGGCUCAGCAGCCCAAAUAAGGGAUUUUGCUUAGCUUAUACAUCAAUCCGGCACUGAUGGAGCCAUGCUGCCUUUGCUGCCACUGACUGUGUUUUGCAGGGGGUUGGACUAGAUGACCCUAAGUGUGUACAACUCCAACCAAAGAAGAGGGGCAGACAAAACUGAAGAACGACAUCUAGAUGACAAAGCUUACAGGCAGAAUUAGAAACCAGGAAGAGGACCUCUUUAAUAAAGAAUGGGGAAAGUUUAUAAUUUAUUUGAAAAGCUAUUGUAAAGAGUUUCAUACAUUGGUAGGAUUGACAGAAAACUUGUAGUAAAAAUUUGAACUAUGGAUGGACAAAUGAUUUAUAAAAAUAGAGUUAUGAAAGGGAUGCUGAGAGGGAAAAUCACUAUAUUAACAUGCUGCACUGGUUGGAGGGUAUGCUAAGCAGCACGUCGGGGCUGCCGUCAUCCUGGCAUGAGGAGUUCCAUCGGCCCUUCCCCGCCCGAAAGGGAGGGAGAGAGACUCUCGCCUCCGAGCCCGGCAUGAGGCGGUUGUGGCGCUGUGGCAGCCGUGGAAGCGCCGCCCUUCUGCGUCCCUCCCCAUCCCCUCCUCUUCCUCCUCCCUCAGGCCGCCUCCUCAGCCGCUGCCGCCUCCGGCUUCCCCUGGCACCGCGGCGGAAGUUUCGCAAGAUAGGGGCUGCCUGCCCGCCCGCCGCCACCCAUCUCCUCACGAUGCGCCCCUGAGGGGGAAAAGGGAGAGACAGAGAUGCGGCAGCUCGUGCGCGGGCUCUCUUGAGGUGGAGGACCCCUAGCCGCUGCUUCCCUCCCGAGCCAGGCGAGCAUGAAACCCGGGAAAUUUAAGGGACAUCAUCAAUCCGGGACAGCAGCAGGAAACGGCACUAGGAUAAGGGAGUUUCCUGCCACAUAAGGGACAGUUGACAGCUAUGGUUUCUAUACUGGGGUUAAGCUUCACCUGUUAGAUCCCUGGCUUAACUGUUAAAGGCCCUGGAGCCCUGCCAAAAAGCAGGGAGGGAGAAGUUGGCAAGCACAUUUAGAGAAAUGAUUAGGAACAUUGGAAAAGUAACAUAACACCAAGAAAAGAAGAAUGGGUUUUUUAAACUGUCAUUUGACCAAACUUAUGAGUUUAAUAAGAAAUUAUUCUAAUGAGAAAAUAAGGAGAGAGUGGGAAGUCUUUAUAAAUUAUAUGAAGAGAACCAAUUCUCAGAUUCAUACUUGGCUUAGUUUAGAAUGAAAAUCUCACAGGUAAUUAGAAUAAUUCUCCAAAAAUUUAAUCAUUACAGACAACCAGUGAUAUGAGGAAUAAAGAUCCACAUGGAGUUAGUUGGAAGUCAAUUUCUUUUUUCCUUUUUCCCUUUUCUUCUUUUUUUGGUGUUGUUUUUCGUUAUUUCCCUUUUUUGGAAGAGCAUACUGUUUUGUAUUUUUGAUUGCAGAUUAUGUUAUUAUGUUUACAUCCUUGUAAUUUUGUUUUUACAUUUUUUCCUGUUUUGUAUUGUUUGCUUGUUUUAUUCAAUGCUUGUUUGUGUGAUGUAUAAGUAUUAAUAAUAAUAAUAAUAAUAAUAAGUGAUUAGGCCGGGGAUCUCAUGGAAAUACCUUGAAGUGAAAGAAAAUGAAGCCAACGUCUUGAAAGAAUGGAGUAUAUGCAGAGUGCAUUUCCCUCAUCACUGGACUGUUUUAACUAGCUGCCAGACACUUAGGAAAAGGGGGUGAGGAAGGUUUUUGAAAUGGGAGGCUGCAAUCUAGCUGCCUUCUCUUGUUUUGGAAAUUAAGCAACAUCACUCGCUUCCAUAUAGCUGUGUUCAAAAAGGGACUAGUCACAGCAAAUCCUCUCAGCCAGGUCGAGAUUUGUCUAUUGCCUGGGAAGUUGUCUUAGGACAGAAAAUGGGAGAGUCUGAAGAGUAAGAGGGAGUUUGGCUUUGACUGAGUUACACUGGCUUAUGUGGGAUCAAAUAUCACCUGGUGUAACUGUGGCUUCAGAAUUAAAUUUUCUUAGGCUUGCAAUAUGAAUAUCACCAAAACAGAUAUAUCAUACAUAUCUUUUACACUGAUCGUGUAAGCUGUUUUGAGAUAUCUUAAUGCAAAAAUGUGACAUAGUAUCAUUAUAAGCGAAAUAGCAAUAACAUAUGUUUCUUAUUUGAAUCAAUUUAGUGAAGCAACAAGUGACGAGACAUGGACCUCAUUUCAUAGAAAUUUCUGGAAGAUCUGUAAAGAUAAAUAUCCUUCCAGAUUCUGAGGUGUCAAUGAUGGAUAUGACAGAAACAUCACUUGCAAAUUAUUUGGAGAGCUCAGCAGCCAGCUCACUUUCUGCUUCAAGCACUCUGCCACUUCCACAUGAUUUUGGAGAGCAAAAGCUGACUGAAAAAUAUGCAGCUGAUCUGGAAAGCAUGACCAGAAAGGUAAGAAUCCACCAAGGCCUAGAACUGCAGAACGCCUAAGCUGCGCCCCUCUUCUUCCAUUUUUUUAUUUUAAAAUAAUUUUUAUUAACCGACCAAUCAAAUCAAAUCAAAUCAAAUCACAUCACAUAAAUUCUGAAUUACAAAGCCGAAUUUUAAAUUUUUUGUUGGGGGGACCCAUAUUUCAAGUUCCGAAGGGGAUUCCAAUCAUCUUCUUGUGCUGCGUUAAUAUCCACAAAUCUGUCCAAAUAAUGUUCAUAAUUCUAUCCAGUCCUAUCUUGCUGUUCCCACAUCUCAUCUUAUUCAUAUAUUUUUCUUUUUUCUUUAUGAUCUCUUCUGAUAAUCUCCUUAAGCAGGUAAACACCAGUUAUAAUCCUGUGUAAAUUUUUCCGUUUGUCCAAUCACCAUAUCGAGAUGGUUUCCAUAUAUCAUCACUUCCAUAAAUAAAAGCACUCUUUCCAUCAUUAAUCUUCGCAAAUCUUCCGCCUUCUUUAGUCCCUCUGAGGAGGCUCGCCCACAAUAUGAAAACAGAUCCAUUCCUCCUCCCAGACAUAAGUCUUUCGACAGAACUUGCCAAAAUGGCGACGCUAUUUUUUACUGUGUCAUCCCAAAGCUCUUAUACUUUCCACGAUCUCCUUAAAACAUGCUUUUGGUUAGAAAAUUAUCUCCACACAGUCUUAAAUCAUCAGCUUAGGUCAUUUAAACGGCAUUUCUGACUUGUUGGGGGAGGGAUUCUUGGUUAAUCACAUAGAGAAAAGAAAGGAAAGUUCCUCCCCCCCCAAUCCAGUCCCGUUGCCGACAUACCGAGCCUUGGUGUGUCUUCUCAUUAUAUAUUCCUGUUUAUCCGACCCGUCUUCUUUCUCAGAGAUCUCUUCAAUUAGCAGUCUUUACUCCCCAUUCUUCCUUGAAAUAUGUGCAUUAGCUUCCUCCUAAUUGUUUCUUUUGAAGUUGCUGCAGCUAGAGGCGCGAAUCAGACACAGCAUCCAGGAGCGCCGAAGUCCACACAAGGGCUUUCUGCCUAGUGCCCCCACCCCCUCAAGUUCGGGGGUGGUGUAGGGCACAGCAGGCAAGGGCAGUCCCCCCCCACUCGCUUGGCGGGGCCGGGAGGCUGCUUACUCCCAUCACAGCCUCUUAAUUACCUCGUGUGGGUUGGAGAGAUGUUAUUGUCGGCCAUCUUCCAAUGCGCCCCUAGUGGCCCCCCCGCCCCUCUUCUUCCAGUACUGGGUAACUGCAUCUUUACUGUUUUCUUCAAUUGGCUAUUUUUACCCAUUUAUUUGAUAAUAACUGAAUCAUUAAUAUCAGGCAGUUGAACAUUGAAUAAAAGAAGGAAAAACUGGGAAAGGUAUAAAUACCGCACAAGAAAAUAAGAAUAAAUGCUAAUUGUCAUAUAACCUUCCCACAAACAAAUCAGAAUGAAUUUUUUUUGUCUUUAUUGAACAAUCUAACUUCCAUGUAAGUCUUGUACAAGCAAAUUGGGAUGGAUGUUCAAUACAUAGGGCAUUUGGAGAAGCCCUGUAUGCAUGUGUGUUAAUAAAACCAAUUUUCUCUCUCUUUUUUUCUUGUUUUCAGAUCUUUCUUAGCGUAUCUGCCACUUUGAAUACUGAAUUGCUCACAAAAGAGCAGAGAAGUCAGGUGACAACUGUCUGUCCCACCUUAAAAAUAGAUGUGCACUCAGGGCUGACUGGCAUAGAAAAGGUAUCAGGAGAUUAUGAUGACAUUGAGAAGUUACACCGUCAUUUUGAGAAGCUCCUUGGAGGCCCUCACCACCGCAGCAAUGAAUUUUCGCACCCUAAAGAGCCAAAAACUAUGAGAGAGAUGCCCAUGGAUGAUUGGAAGGAAGGAAGGAAGAAUGAUGUAGAUGUGUAUGAUAUCAAGGUUCCUUCAGCUAUCUUUGAAUACUUCAGCCACGCCUGCAAGGAACAAGUUGAUGAACUGGAGCAGAAGUUCAGUGUAAAGCUGACUAGUCAAGAAUGUGGAAAUGGGUUGGCUUCUCUACGCUUCUCUUCUGUUGGGGACCCUAGCCUCCUAGAGAAAGCUCAGCAUAAUUUUGUCACAGCGUUUCAGAAGGUGACCGCAGAUCUGAAACAGGAGAGAAUGUCUUUUGCUGACAGCGACCAGAUGGCUAAAGCACAGCAGAUUUUAAACCUCAAUUUCAAGAGCAUCCUUGUUAAAACAGAGGAAAAUGCGUUGGUUCUCCGUGGCCCUGCAAAGGAGAUUUCAGCUGCUAAAGGGGCAAUAGGGGAAUUAGAGGCAGGAGAGUUGGUAAAAAAAUCUGAAGCUUACCCUUUGAAAACUGACACCGGAUUUGAUCUUAAGACAUUUAAAUUAUUGGAACCAGAAUUGGAUAAAGAAAUUGAAUAUAUAAACCGAAAGUACAGUACUGAGUCACAGAAAAAGUUUGUUCUCAGCAUGCAGAAAGCAUAUGUUUUCUUUAAGCAUAGGAACUAUCCAAACCCAGUUUCAUGUUUACAAGCCUAUGAGAGCUUUGUCCAUUUUUAUCAGAUGAUUUCAACCCAGCCCAUAGAAAGAGUCAUCCCCUUGAAUCUUCUUGAGGACCAGAAAAGAAAACUAGACAUGUUCUUUUCAGCACUGCAAAAAGAAAAUCCCAGAGUCUCAAUGCGUAUAUCAAAGAAAAAUAAUCUAAUUCUAUUCGGUAUUCCGGAGCAUGUGCUUUCUGUUGAAAAGCACAUCCUGCGGUUUCUGGAAACUGAUGUUGAUCCACCUGUAGGAAGUAUAGGUCCUAGUUCCAGCUCCGGAGAAACUAAAGGUGCAUAUUUGGAGCAAAACGGGGCCCCCAAAAUGCACUCCCCUCCUCCCAGGGAGCAAAAGGAGUCAAAGAGAAUGGAAGUCAAACAAGAGGAUGUGUGCACCAUUUGCAUGGACACAAUCCACCAAAAGAAAGUGCUGCCCAAAUGCAAGCAUGAGUUUUGUACUGAGUGCAUUGAGCAGGCCUUGAAAUACAAGCCUGUUUGCCCUGUGUGUAAUGUGGCCUAUGGGAAGGUGGAAGGAAACCAACCACGAGGGACAAUGAACAUCCAGAAAUCUCGAGCGUCACUUCCUGGUUAUGCUGGAUAUGGUACCAUCCAAAUUUCAUAUAACAUACCUGAUGGCAUUCAAACAGUAAGUCGCAAGGAACACUUUGGGGGCUGAAGAGGGAUUGGAAUGGCAUGAGGGAGUGUGAGCAGCCCCACCUUAUAUCUGCUCAUAAUAUCCUUUUAGGAAAACUUUAUUUCGCUGCAUGCACAGGCAAAACUUGUACUAGUGACAUACUGUUGGGAUGGGGUUUGGGAGUUCCAGAAGGCAAGAGCAGCAGAGCCAUAAACAAGAAGGAGCUUAAAUUACGCCAGUUGCAGAAUCUGCCAUUAUUCCACAUACAUCCUUUCUUGCAUCAGGAACAUUUGUUCUCUUUCCACAGAACCUGAAUGGUUUGUCUCACUCAACCAUAGGGCUAAGCCUGUUGUCCUCCUGAUGGUUUGGACUGUAACUUCCAGCAGUUCCACUCAGCCCAGCCAUUCUGGCUAUAAUAUAAAAUAAUAAUACAGUCAUACCUCAGGUUAAAUAUGCUUCAGGUUGGGCGUUUUCAGGUUGCGUUCCGUGGUGACCCGGAAGUAACGGAACGGGUUACUUUCGGGUUUCGUCGCUCGCGCAUACGCAGACGCUCAAAAUGACGUCAUGCGCAGAAGUGGCGAAUCAUGGCACGCACAGACGCAGGUUGCGUUCUGCUCAGGAUGCGAACAGGGCUCCGGAAUGGAUCCCGUUCGCAUCCAGAGGUACCGCUGUAAUAAUAAUAAUAAAUAAAUAAUACUUUAUUAUUUAUACCCUGCCCAUCUGGCUGGGUUUCCCCAUCUUCCUUCUAUAGUAUGGCUUGGGAACCUAUUUCUGCUGAAGAGCCACAUUCCUUUCUGGACAACCUGCCAUUUCCCAUUUGUCCAUCCUUGCCACUUAAAUGAAAUUAGGCCAACAGCCACAGAUUGCCCUUCUCUGGGGUAGAGGCAUAUGGAAUAAUGAAUGGUGUAAACAGAUUUUCUGUCACAAACAUGGGAAGGUUGCACCCAAUGAUGCUGAUUGUGGCAGGAGUUUUGGGGCACAAGAAAGUACUUCUGUGGUAUGUGAGGCGUUCCGAUGGAGCACAUACCAUCAGCGAAUAAUCAAAGGCAUCUCCAAAAAAAGAUACAUAUGACACGAUCUGGUCUCCCUUUUUCUCUUUUAUUGAUGAACGGGGAUAUUUUAAUUCCACCAUCAUCACAGAGGUGUCUAUAGAGAGGAUAUAUUGAUUGAAGAUGUAUUGUAAAUGUUGAAUGUAUCUAUGUAUGUAAAUUCUUUAGCGCAACACAAUUCAAUGCUCAGAGUCCCUACCCCAAGGUGUGGUGACAAGAAGUCUGUUAGCUAUGGAAGCUAAAUGGUACUCUCAGGAUUCCUCUGAAUCACAGAAGAUGGCUUCCUUCUGUUUGUUUAUGCCAUCCUUGGGAGCCUUGCCAGAACCAUUUGGCUGACCACUGUUGGAAACAAGAUGCUGGAUUAGAUAAACACUUGGGAUCCAGCAGAAGUGCUUCCCUGACAGUUGCUGAGCUUCAUGCAAGUAAAGUAUAACACUUUACCUAUUUUAAUACCUAUGCAUUGCAGAAAGGCCACCCAAACCCUGGAAGACCAUUCAGCGGUGCAAAUCGGACAGCAUAUUUACCCGAUAACCCAGAAGGAAGAGAAAUUUUGCAGUUGCUUCAGAAGGCCUUUGAUCAAAAGUUGAUUUUCACAGUUGGCGAGUCACGUACAACCGGUGCAAAAAAUGUUGUUACCUGGAAUGACAUUCACCACAAAACUAGCUGUUAUGGAGGGGCAAGCAGGUGUGUUGUAUUUGUUUGUUCUAAGUGCCAGUGAUGCAUUUCUCAAUGUAAUCUCAUUCUAGCUUUGAUUUUGUUGGAUGCAGAUUCACUCAAGUAUAGGAACCAUUUUGGAAGAAGUGUUUUGGACAGUGAUCUGACAUUUUUUUCACAUUUCACAAUCUUAGCUGCAGAUAUUUGUUUUGCAUGAUCCAAACAGCAAAGUCAGGUUUUGUCUGUUAAUUGCAUGCUCAGGAGGCAUGCCAUGUUCUCAAACUGCAGUAGUAUAUAUAAUGUACAUAGCAUUUGAGUAUUUUGAAUAAUCACAAUAAUCCAGUCCUGUGUCUAGCCCUGGGCCCAGUCUACUUCAACUUCCUACCACUUGGCUAGGAGUCAACUCCCUAUAGGCCUCCUGCACUCAAGGCCAUCAAGAGAGCGGAAAGCUGCUGCAGCAGCAAGCUGUCAUUCACCCCAGCUUAACACAUCCCCUAUGAGAGAGCCAGUGUGGUGUAGUGGUUAAGAGCGGUAGUAUUGUAAUCUGGGGAACCGGGUUCCCGUCUCCGCUCCUCCACAUGCAGCUGCUAGUCUUGGGCUGUCACACUUCUUUGAAGUCUCUCAGCCCCACUCACCUCACAGAGUGUUUGUUGUGGGGGAGGAAGGGAAAAGAGAAUGUUAGCCACUUUGAGACUCUUUAGGGUAGUGAUAAAGCAGGAUAUCAAAUCCAAACUCUUCUUCUCUUCUUCUAUGAGGCGCAUGUUGUGUACAUGUUAAGUAUUCAUAAAGCCAAGGCGCAAAUGUUACAUUCAAAUCCUCACCUCAAAAUAACUGAAGAUUCCUGCAGAGUUCUUUUUCUUGGGCCACCGUGGUGUCAGCACACUGUUUCUCCAAUAUUUGAGUACACAGUAUUUUGAUAGAUAUAUUAAGACAACAACCUCUCUUCAUUGGGGAAUUGCUUGGUUUACAAACAAAACUCUUUCUCUCCUAGUUUUGGCUACCCCGAUCCAGAUUACCUGAAACGUGUUCGAGAAGAACUGAAGGCGAAAGGAAUUGAAUGAGCACUCUUCCAGUCGACUGUCCAGAAUCUGUACCAGUCCAAAGAUGUGCCAAUUGGAUUUAGCUUAUGGGUGCUUUUUUCUGCUUAUCCAGUACAAAAUUCUGAAUUGCAUAACUUGUUGAAUAACUUCCUAAAAAUCUGUUGCAGUGCUGUUAAGUAAAGCUGUCGUUCAGGGGUAGGGAACCUGUGGCCCAUGAGAUGUACAGUUUCCAUCAACCAUGAUAGUUUGCCAUGUUGAAGGGAGUUGGAGUUUAACAUAUCAAGGGCUACAAGUGUCACACAGCUGCUGUAGACCAGACCACAUUUCAUGGAGUCCAGCCCCAUUGAUUGCAGCAGACCUUGAUUUUCAAAGUUCUGCUGAAGUCAUUUGGUGUCGGUUUUAAGAAGAAGUGUGCGUGAUUAGGCUGUUAAACACUUUUCCCUCUCUUGUGUGGUUACUGCUACUGCUACCACUUGCAGCAUAACUGGGUGGAACGAAGUUUAGUUUUUCUCACCUUUGCAGAACUGGGCUAUGUUUUGCCUUCUUUCUCUGCAUUGUGAAGAUUCUUAAGUAAAAGCAAACCAAUAAAAAUGGUUCAGCAUUUUGUGAGUUCAGGGCCAUACUAAAUUUUCUUAAUUAGUUACGUUAGCUGAUUUCAGUGAGUCUGCUCAGAGUAAAACUUAAGAUAAAUCCCAUCUGCAGACUGAAGUAUAGUGUUCAACCCAAGUUUAUUACUUUUUUUAAAGGUUGCAAUUUGUGUCCUAUUUUGAAUCUUUGGAGCAUCGUUGUCCCACAAGAAAAGGAACAAAAUCUGGAAACCAAGUGGCUAUUAAAACUAUGUCUUUGAUCGGUCUCCCCCUCUUGAAAAUCAAAUGGUUGAGCAAUAUUUUCUUUCUUUCUUUCUUUCUUUCUUUCUUUCUUUCUUUCUUUCUUUCCAUUUAACACCAGCCUGAAGGCAUCACAGUACAUUUUGUGUGUAUUUUUUGCUUCACUCUAUGGCACAUAUCACAAUGUAAUGUGGCAUGAGGCAACAGAUUCUAUUAGCUUGCUGCUGCCACUAAACUGGCAAGGUUAAAGUAUAUUCAUCAGCAAAUUGUUAAAUGUGACUUAAAAGGAAAUAAAAUUCUAUAUGCUAAUUAAAUGGUUUCUGUGGUG